AUGGCGAAUUUCAAUAUCGUCGUCGAUGAAGAUCAGCAAUGGCUGCUCAAUUGCUUGUCUGCUACUCUCGACCCUAAUCACGAGGUUCGCUCAUUCGCCGAAGCUUCGCUUAAUCAGGCUUCUCUGCAACCAGGUUUUGGAAGUGCGUUAUCCAAGGUUGCUGCUAACAGGGAGCUCCCAUUAGGGUUGCGCCAGAUAUCCUUUUUUAUUAUUAUGUUUAUAGUUAAAUAUCUUCUCUUGCAUGUCUCAUCUUUGAUAACAGAACAGGGAUUAGGAAGUUGCCUGUUUAUUAGUGCCAUCGUCUUCUUUGCUCUCUUCUUUGUCUUCAUUGUUUUAUUCUUCUAUGAGGAAAAUUUUAUUAAGAAACACUGGCAUGAGGCUGAGGAAGCAUUUGAACAUCCUGCUGUUUCAAGCGAUGAGAAGGCAGUUGUACGCAGACUUCUGUUGUUGUCUUUGGAUGAUUCUCACAGGAAAAUCUGUACAGCAAUUAGUAUGGCUGUUGCAUCUAUAGCAGUUUAUGACUGGCCAGAGGUUUGGCCUGACUUAUUACCGUACCUAAUGAAGUUGAUAAAUGAUCAAACUAAUAUGAAUGGAGUACAUGGUGCUCUAAGGUGCUUGGCUCUUCUGUCUGUUGACUUGGAUGAUACAGUGGUUCCAACAUUAGUACCAGCCUUGUUCCCAUGCUUGCUUAAAAUUGUAUCAUCUCCUGAGAUGUAUGACAAAUAUUUACGCACAAAAGCUCUUUCAAUUGUUUAUUCUUGUAUCUCCAUGUUGGGGGUGAUGAGUGGUGUAUAUAAGACGGAAACCAGUGCAUUAAUAGUGCCAAUGGUUAAGCCAUGGAUGGAUCAAUUCUCUAAAAUCCUCAAUCAUCCUCUGCAAUCUGAAGAUCCCGAUGAUUGGAGCAUAAGAACGGAGGUAUUGAAGUGCUUGAAUCAGUUUGUUCAGAACUUUCCUAGCCUCAUUGAAAGUGAAUUUAUGAUUAUUGUAGGACCAUUGUGGCAAACCUUUAUGACUUCUCUUGGAGUAUAUGUGCGAUCAUCUAUUGAAGGUACAGAAGAUCCAUUUGAUGGAAGAUAUGAUUCUGAUGGGGCCGAGAAAAGCCUUGAUUCCUUUGUCGUCCAGUUGUUUGAGUUUCUGUUGACCAUUGUGGGUAGCGCAAAAUUGGGAAAGGUCAUUAUGAAUAAUGUGGAAGAGUUGACAUAUUACACCAUCGCUUUUCUCCAAAUAACAGAACAACAGGUUCAUACUUGGUCAAUGGAUGCCAACCAAUUUGUAGCUGAUGAGGAUGAUGUUACUUAUAGCUGUCGUGUUUCUGGUGCACUUUUGCUUGAAGAAGUGGUGAAUUCAUGUGGUACAGAAGGAAUCAGCGCCAUCAUUGAGGCCGCAAAAAGCGUUUUAGUGAGUCUCAAAGAGAAAAGGAUGCUGGUUCUCCAAUUUGGUGGAGAGGAGGCUACUCUUUUUGCUUUGGCUUCUCUAUCAGAACAAUUGCUUGAAGCAGAGGAUUCAGAACUGACAAGAGUUGGCUCAGGAAACCUACUGGAGCAAAUAAUCACGGAAGACAUUGGAUUAGAUGUACAUCAAUAUCCCUUUCUAUAUUCUCGUAUCUUUUCAUCAGUUGCUAAAUUCUCCUCUGUGAUCAGCCAUGGAGUUCUUGAGCACUUUCUCUAUGCUGCUAUCAAAGCAAUUAGCAUGGAUGUGCCCCCACCUGUCAAAGUAGGUGCCUGCAGGGCUCUUUCUGAGCUCCUACCUGAAACAAAUAAAGUUAUAAUUCACCCACAUCUGAUGAGUUUGUUUCAAUCACUGUCAGAUCUUCUUAAUCAGGCAUCUGAUGAAACCUUGCACUUGGUACUUGAAACACUGCAAGAGGCAAUUAAGGCCGGUUACGAAUUAUCGGCAUCAAUAGAGCCUAUCAUCUCUCCUGUUGUCCUGAACAUGUGGGCAUCACACAUUUCUGAUCCUUUUAUCUGUAUUGAUGCAAUUGAAGUUAUGGAGACACUGAAGAAUGCUCCUGGUUGUAUUCGUCCUCUGGUUUCUCGAGUUUUACCAUGUGUUUGGCCAGUCCUGAAUAAACCCCAACAGCAGCCUGAUGGAUUAGUAGCUGGAUCAGUGGAUCUGGUAACAAUGUUAUUGAAAAAUGCUCCUAUUGAUGUGGUGAAAACAGUAUAUGAUGCCUGUUUUGAUACUGUUAUACGAAUAGUCCUUCAAAGUGACGAUCAUAGUGAAAUGCAGAAUGCAACGGAAUGUUUAGCUACUUUUGUAUCUGGUGGAAGACAAGAUGUGCUUGCUUGGAGUGGUGAUUUGGAAAAUACAAUGAGAAGAUUGCUUGAUGCAGCAUCAAGGCUUCUAGACCCUGAUUUGGAUAGCUCUGGUUCUCUUUUUGUUGGGAGCUACAUUCUGCAACUUAUUUUGCAUCUGCCAUCACAGAUGGCACCCCAUAUUCGAGACCUGGUUGCUGCUCUUAUUAGGCGCAUGCAAUCUGCUCAAAUAGCAGGAUUGAGAAGCUCACUGCUACUCAUUUUUGCUCGAUUGGUCCACUUGAGUGCCCCUAAAGUUGAACAGUUUAUUGACCUCCUGGUCACCAUCCCAGCUGAAGGCUAUGAUAAUUCUUUCAUCUAUUUAAUGUCAGAAUGGACUCAGCAGCAAGGUGAGAUCCAGGGGGCUUACCAAAUUAAAGUCACUACUACUGCUUUGGCCUUAUUACUAUCAUCUAGGCAUGCUGAAUUAGCGAAAAUUAAUGUGCAAGGAUAUUUAUUUCAGUCUGCUGCUGGAAUAACCACUCGCUCAAAAGCUAAAUUAACUCCAGAUCAGUGGACUGUGGUGCCACUUCCUGCAAAGAUAAUGGCUUUACUGGCAGAUGCAUUGGUUGAAAUCCAAGAACAGGUUGUAGCCGGUGAUAAUGAGGAUAGUGACUGGGAAGAGGUUGAGGCAGACGAUGUGGAACUUGAUAAGGACUUGAUGUAUUCAGCUGGUGUUACAUCCUCCGGCAGACCCUCACACCAACAUCUUGAAGCAAUAGCAAAAGCAUUUAAUAAGGAUGAGGAGGAGGAUAGGUAUGAAGAUGAUCAACUAACUGUGGCUGAUCCCCUUAACCAGAUUAAUCUAGCGAACUAUCUUGCGGAGUUUUUCGUAAACUUUUCUCAGAGCGAAAGACAAAUGUUUGAUCAUAUUUUCCAGAGCCUGACGCAGGAUCAAAGGAAUGCUAUUCAAAUGGUACGAGCUCUGUGA